AUGGCCGAGACGAACCCGGAGUUGCAGGCCAAGCUGCAGGAGCUGGACCACGAACUCGAGGAGGGCGACAUCACACAGAAGGGCUACGAAAAGCGCAAGACAGUCCUCCUCUCGCAGUACCUGGGGCCCGACUUCUCAGCGCAAUUGCAGCAUGACCUGCGCGGACAGAGCCCCGCCCAGAGCGAGGGCUCAGGCUCUCGCAGCGCAUCCCUCGCCGCCCUCUCUGGGCCAAACCCACAGCAGACCCAACAGACGCCGCACAUCGAACUCCCCCGACCCGACUCGUACCAUGAGAGUUCGCCGCAGGGCACCAUGGGCUCGUCGAUGCACUACCCCAGCUCCUCGACGAGCACCGCAGGCGGUAACUCGCAAUACAUGGCAUACCCACCGAGCCAAGUAGGGCGCUUCCAGGAGAAGCAGUUGGGCCUGCGCACUACCUCGCUGCAGCGCAAUGCCUCACAGCUGUCGCAAGGGAGCGAGACGUUCAUACCCCGACCCCAGACGCCCGAGUACACCUACUCGCGCGAACCCACGAUGAUGGGCAACUACGCUUUCAACCCGGACACCCAGCAAGGCUUUGAAAAUGGCUACGGGUCGCCUGGAGAGGCUAGCAGGAGGAGCACGAUGCUGGACGUGAACCAGGGCUACUUCUCCGACUUCACAGGGCAGCAGAUGCAGGACCAGCGCGACUCGUACGGCGGACCGAACCGCUACUCGACGGGCGACGCCUUCUCCCCGACCGCUGCGAUACCACCGCCCAUGAUGAACCCGAGCGACCUGCCCGUGGGUGCUGCAGACACGAUGAUGCCACUGGAACCGCGAGACCUGCCCUUCGACGUAUACGACCCUCACAACCACAACAUCAAGAUGUCCAAGUUUGACAACAUCGGUGCUGUACUACGCUACCGCGCUCGUACACAGCCGAGGACUACCGCUUUCUGGGUGUUAGACGCAAAGGGCAAAGAAACGGCUUCCAUCACUUGGGAGAAAGUGGCCAGUCGCGCUGAAAAGGUCGCCAAAGUGAUUAGGGACAAGAGCAAUCUUUAUCGGGGCGAUCGCGUGGCGCUGGUAUACAGGGAUACGGAGAUCAUCGAGUUUGUCGUGGCUUUGAUGGGAUGCUUCAUCGCGGGCGUUGUAGCAGUUCCCAUCAAUAGCGUCGACGACUAUCAGAAACUCAUCCUCCUCUUGACCACAACCCAAGCACAUCUCGCACUGACCACGGACAACAACCUCAAAGCCUUCCACCGUGACAUCAGCCAGAAUCGUCUCAAGUGGCCGAGUGGCGUCGAAUGGUGGAAGACGAACGAGUUUGGAAGUUACCACCCCAAGAAGCAUGACGACACGCCCGCCCUGCAAGUGCCCGAGGUAGCAUAUAUCGAGUUCUCUCGCGCACCAACCGGCGACUUGCGUGGUGUUGUACUGAGCCACCGCACCAUCAUGCAUCAGAUGGCUUGCAUCAGCGCCAUGGUCAGCACCAUACCCGCCAACAACCCGAAUAGUCAGGAUACUUUUAACGGCAACUUGAGGGAUUCGUCUGGCAAGUUCGUUGCGCCAGUGCAGAACAGAGCACCUACCGAAGUCAUUCUUUCUUACCUCGACCCCCGUGAAAGCGCUGGUCUUAUCCUGAGCGUCCUAUUUGCCGUCUAUGGUGGUCACACUACCGUCUGGCUGGAAACGCCGACCAUGGAGACACCUGGUCUAUACGCGCACCUCAUCACCAAGUACAAGUCGAACAUACUGAUCGCCGACUACCCGGGUCUCAAGCGCGCUGCAUACAAUUAUCAACAGGAUCCUAUGGCUACUCGUAAUUUCAAGAAGAACACGGAACCCAAUUUUGGCUCAGUGAAGAUAUGUCUAAUCGACACACUCACUGUCGAUUGCGAAUUUCACGAGAUUCUUGGAGACCGUUACUUCAGACCUUUACGGAAUCCCAGAGCACGAGAGCUGAUCGCGCCCAUGUUAUGUUUGCCUGAACACGGCGGUAUGAUAAUAUCAGUACGGGAUUGGCUCGGCGGCGAAGAGCGCAUGGGAUGCCCAUUGAGCAUAGUGUCAGAGGAAUCCGACAACGAAGAUGAGGUCGACGACAAAGCCGCGGCAGCCAAUGGCUAUUCUAGUCUUAUCGGAGGGGGUACCACGAACAACACCAAGGAGAAGAAAAAGAAGAGCCCAACAGAGUUGACCGAGAUCUUGCUGGACAAGGAAGCACUGAAGUUGAAUGAAGUCGUGGUUUUGGCCAUAGGAGAGGAAGUGAGCAAGCGUGUGAACGAGCCCGGCACUAUGAGAGUCGGCGCUUUUGGUUACCCAAUACCCGAUGCGACGCUGGCCGUCGUAGACCCAGAGACUAAUCUUCUGUGCUCCCCUUACUCGAUAGGAGAGAUUUGGGUAGACUCGCCAUCAUUAUCUGGAGGUUUCUGGCAGCUGCAAAAGCAUACUGAAACUAUAUUCCACGCCCGGCCAUAUCGGUUUGUAGAGGGUAGCCCAACACCACAACUGCUCGAACUCGAAUUCCUACGCACUGGAUUGCUCGGAUGCGUAGUGGAAGGCAAGAUCUUCGUCUUGGGCCUGUACGAGGACCGUAUCCGACAGCGUGUCGAAUGGGUAGAGCAUGGUCAGCUGGAGGCCGAACACCGAUAUUUCUUCGUGCAGCAUCUUGUCACCAGCAUUAUGAAGGCGGUGCCCAAGAUCUACGACUGUUCAUCUUUCGACUCGUACGUCAAUGGCGAAUACUUGCCUAUCAUCCUUAUCGAAACACAAGCCGCAUCGACUGCGCCCACAAACCCAGGCGGGCCACCGCAACAGCUUGACAUUCCCUUCUUGGACUCAUUAUCUGAGCGAUGCAUGGAAGUACUGUAUCAAGAGCAUCACCUACGGGUCUACUGUGUGAUGAUCACAGCACCAAACACGCUUCCCCGAGUCAUUAAGAAUGGUCGACGAGAGAUUGGAAAUAUGCUUUGCCGAAGAGAGUUCGACAAUGGCUCACUACCCUGCGUCCACGUCAAGUUUGGUGUUGAGAGGUCGGUCCAGAACAUCGCGCUAGGCGACGACCCCGCUGGCGGCAUGUGGUCAUACGAGGCAUCGAUGGCACGCCAGCAGUUCCUCAUGCUACAGGACAAGCAGUACUCAGGAGUGGAUCACAGAGAAGUCGUUAUUGACGAUAGAACGUCAACACCUCUCAACCAGUUCUCCAACAUACACGACCUUAUGCAGUGGCGUGUAUCGCGGCAGGCUGAGGAGCUCGCCUACUGCACUGUCGAUGGCCGCGGCAAAGAGGGCAAAGGCGUCAACUGGAAGAAGUUCGACCAGAAGGUUGCAGGUGUCGCAAUGUACCUGAAGAACAAGGUCAAGGUCCAGACUGGUGACCACCUGCUUCUGAUGUAUACGCAUUCGGAAGACUUCGUCUAUGCCGUCCAUGCGUGCUUUGUUCUCGGGGCCGUGUGCAUUCCCAUGGCACCAAUUGACCAGAACAGGCUGAACGAAGAUGCUCCCGCACUGCUACACAUCAUUGCCGAUUUCAAAGUCAAGGCUAUCCUCGUCAACGCCGAUGUUGACCACCUCAUGAAGGUCAAGCAAGUAUCGCAACACAUCAAGCAGUCAGCAGUCAUCCUCAAGAUCAGCGUACCGAACAUGUACAACACCACAAAACCACCUAAGCAGUCUAGUGGUUGCCGCGAUCUUAAGCUGACGAUACGACCCGCUUGGAUACAAUCAGGAUUCCCCGUUUUGGUAUGGACGUACUGGACACCUGAUCAACGCCGCAUAGCUGUGCAAUUGGGCCACAGCCAGAUCAUGGCAUUGUGCAAGGUCCAGAAGGAAACUUGUCAGAUGACGAGCACGAGACCGGUCCUCGGUUGUGUGCGCAGUACCAUUGGACUUGGCUUCAUACAUACCUGUGUCAUGGGCAUCUUCCUUGCAGCGCCAACAUACCUCGUUUCACCUGUCGACUUUGCGCAAAAUCCGAACAUCCUCUUCCAGACCUUGUCGAGAUACAAGAUCAAGGAUGCAUAUGCGACGAGCCAAAUGCUGGAUCACGCUAUCGCACGGGGUGCUGGAAAGAACAUGGCUCUGCACGAGCUCAAGAACCUCAUGAUUGCGACCGACGGCCGGCCACGUGUCGAUGUUUACCAGCGCGUACGAGUACAUUUCUCCCCAGCAAGUCUCGACCGGACAGCGAUAAACACCGUCUACUCACACGUACUGAACCCCAUGGUCGCAUCGCGGUCAUACAUGUGCAUCGAACCGAUAGAGCUACAUCUCGAUGUCGGUGCCCUACGAAGAGGUCUGAUCAUGCCUGUCGACCCAGACACCGAACCCGGUGCUCUACUAGUCCAAGACUCUGGUAUGGUACCUGUUAGUACACAGAUAUCAAUCGUGAACCCGGAGACAAAUCAGCUCUGCCUGGUCGGCGAGUAUGGUGAGAUCUGGGUUCAGUCCGAAGCGAACGCACACAGCUUCUACGGCUCAAAAGAACGCUUGGAUGCCGAGCGCUUCAACGGCAGGACUGUCGACGGAGACCCUAACGUACGAUAUGUCCGCACUGGAGAUCUGGGCUUCUUACACAACGUCACACGUCCGAUAGGCCCCAACGGUGCGCCAGUCGACAUGCAAGUGUUGUUUGUUCUAGGCAGCAUUGGUGAUACCUUUGAAGUCAAUGGUCUCAACCACUUCUCGAUGGACAUUGAGCAGUCUGUAGAGCGCUGCCACCGGAAUAUUGUUCCUGGUGGAUGCGCUGUCUUCCAAGCAGGUGGCCUCGUGGUCAUCGUCGUGGAGAUCUUCCGUCGCAACUUCCUCGCCAGCAUGGUGCCCGUCAUCGUGAACGCCAUUCUGAACGAACAUCAACUCGUCAUCGAUAUCGUAUCUUUCGUACAAAAAGGCGAUUUCCACCGAUCCAGGCUCGGAGAGAAACAAAGAGGCAAGAUCCUAGCUGGUUGGGUGACGAGGAAGAUGCGCACAAUCGCGCAAUACAGUAUCCGCGAUCCAAACGGCUCGGAUGCGCAAAUGAUCAGCGAAGAGCCCGGUGCAGGUCGCGCCAGUAUGAGCGGAAGUAUGCUUGGCAUGGGCCGGAUGGGACCAGCGAGUAUGAAGGCAAGUUCCACACGAGCACCAAGCUUGCUCGGCAUGACAGCGACUAUGAAUAGCCUUUCGCUAUCACAACAACAGCAACAGCUGUCAACAAGCCCUGGUAUGACCCCACAACCAGGCCAACAAUCCGUCUACACACAAAGCAUCCCGGAAAACCCACAAGGCGGCCAGUACCAAGGUGUCGAACUCCACGACCCCAGUGACCGCACCCCAACAGACAACCGCAUGUCCUUCCUCCCCAACCUACAAAUACACGACGGUGGGGCAAUGGACUAUUCACCCCUCGACCGAGCCGGACCUUUCCACGAAAACGCACACCAGCACCAGCCUGGCAACUACCAAAACGCAUACCAUCCCCAACAGCAACAAUACGAGUCCAGCGGCAGCGGCCUAAGCGGCCAAGUCCCCGACGUACUCCGCCCAGGACCCUCCGACGACGCAAACAACUCCGGAACGUGGAACAACAGAGAUUUCUACAGCGAUAGCACACCUUACUCUUCUUACGAUAACACGGCACAAGAUCCCAAUAUGCAACAACAGCAACAGACAUGGACAAUGGACUCACAGCACAGCCAAGGCUACAACGCGGGUUACGGCGCAGCAGGCGGCGAAGAAGUCACGCGAUACGUCAGCCACGGCUCAUACGAUAGCAGAGCAGGUGGGAACGGCGGUGGAGGCGGUGGCUUGCGUGUUGCGAACCGUGAUUCUACGGCUAGUGAGAGCGAGGAUGAUAGUUGGAGGAGGGAUGUUCUUGCUCAGAUGAAUUUCGCUGGGGGGCCAGGGCCGGCUGGGGGGAGUCAUGCGCAGUAG